AUGAAGAAAGGCAUCUAUGACAAGUUUGGAGAAGAGGGGCUCAAAGGUGGCAUCCCCUUGGAGUUUGGUGGUGAGAAUCCCUGGAGUUCUGGCUACGUGUUCCACAACGACCCUGACAAAGUCUUCAGGGACUUCUUUGGUGGAGACAACCCCUUUGCAGAGUUCUUUGCUGAGGAUGGCACAGAGCUGGUCAUGCCCUUUGGGGGGCUGCGAGGACGGGGGGCCCUGAAGCAAGACCCCCCAAUCCUGAGGGAUCUGCACCUCUCCCUGGAAGACCUGUUCUAUGGCUGCACCAAGAAGAUGAAGAUCUCCCGCAGGGUGAUGAACGAGGACGGGCUCACGAGCACCAUCCGGGAUAAGAUCCUGACGAUCGACGUGCGGCCGGGCUGGAAACAGGGCACCAGGAUCACCUUUGAGAAGGAAGGAGACCAGGGCCCAAACAUCAUUCCAGCUGACAUCACCUUUGUUGUCCAAGAGAAACCCCACCCGAGGUUUAGAAGACUCAAUGAUGACCUCAUCUAUGUUGCCUCCAUUCCCCUGGGAAAGGCCCUGACUGGCUGCACAGUGGAUGUGAGGACACUGGAUGGGAGGCUCCUGAACAUCCCCAUCAACGACAUUGUGGACCCCAAGUACUGCAAAGUGGUGCCAGGGGAGGGGAUGCCCCUGCUGCAGGACUCUCGGAGCAAGGGGAACCUCCUCAUCCAUUUCAACAUCUGCUUCCCCAAGAAGCUCACACCCGAGAAGAAGAUGCUCUUGAGGAGCGCCCUCCUCUCCUAG